AUGGCUAUGCCAUAUCCUCCUCCCUUUCCUCAGGGUCAGCCUGCCCAAUAUCCUCCUCACGGCGCAUUCCACCCGGGCGCCUUCAACCACCCUGCUUCGUCACAAGUCAGUUCGCCAUACACCUCUUCCCCUUACGGACCGCCUACGAUCGUCAAUUAUGGUUCCCCACCGCCUCCCCCCGGAAGCUAUUUUCCGGGCCAAUACCCCUCCCCUUUCGGCCCACAGCAAUAUCCAUCACAGUACAUGCAGUACCCUCAACCGAUGCCGUCGCAGUUACACUAUCCAUAUCCAUUUCCUCCCAUUGCAUCAUCUCCUCAGCCACCUGCUUCGGCAAGGACUUCGGCUGAAAAGCUUGAACCGAAGAGCGACGAGGAUAUCGUCAAACGUCUCCAGGCCAUGAUGAAGGAGGAACAGGCCGCCAAGGAUGCGGAUGCUGCCGAGAAAGCGGCCGAGAAAGCAGCCGAAAAGGCGAAUCUAGCAGCCAGUCUUGCCGAGCAAGAAGCUCGUUUCCGGGAACAGGCUCUUCGACAAGCAGAGGAGAAAGCCCGACAAGACGCUUUACGUGCGGAGGAAGAGAAACGCAUUCGAGAGCAGGCCAUGCUGCAGGCUGCAGACAAGGCUCGAGCCGAGGCGGCGGCGGCGGCGGCUCGCGCCGAAGAGGAGCGGCGUAUUCGUGAAGACGCCAUACGGGCUGCAGAGGAGAAGGCUCGUGCUGCUGUAGCCGCAGAAGCGGAUCGCCGGGCACAAGAGCAACGGAUCCGGGAAGAAGCCAGGCUUGAGGCGAUUCGGGCUUAUGAGGAGCAGGUCCGCAAAGCCGCAGAGCAGGCUGCACGAGAGCAGCAAAUUCGGAAGGAGGCCGCGGAAGCCGCUCUGAGAGCCGCCGCGGAAGAAGCUCAGGCAAAGGCCGAGAAAGCUGCCGCGGAAAAGAAGAUUGCUGAUGACGCUGCAGCAGCGGCAAAAACGGCAGCCGAACAAGAAGCGGCGGCGGCAGCUGCCGCUCUAAAAGAGGAGGCAAAGGCAGCCAAAGAGGCAGCAGAAGCCAAGCUAAAGGAGGCUGAGGAAGCGGCGGCCAAGGCCAAAGCAGAUGCAGAGGAGGCGGAGAAGAAGGCCGCCGCUGCAGCUCCUCCAGCAAAGAAAGCACCAGUCCGGUUCAAGGACGCAAUUGGUCGUAACUACAAUUUCCCGUGGGAGCGAUGUUGCAAAUGGAGAGAUAUGGAGGGUCUGAUUAAUCAAGCCUUUGCACAUAUCGACAAUCUGGCCGAACAUGUCAUGAAUGGCCGCUACGAUUUGAUCGGCCCUGACAAAGAGAUCAUCAUGCCCAAUUACUGGGAAUCAACCGUGGAGCCCGAUAUGCACAUCACAAUGAUGCUCUGGCCCAUCCCGGAGCCUAAACCGGUGGAAGAGGAACCACCGCCGCCCCCUGAUGUGAUACUUGAUACGGACGGCAUUCUAAAUUUGGAUGGGAUCGACAUCAUGAAUCCACGGAAGGAGAGAAAGGGUAUGUGA